UCAUAAUCUUCCGGCGUAAAGAAACUCCCCCCUAAAUUUUAUCCAAGAAUAAAUACCGCCCACCUCCCCUCCCGCACACUCUUAAUCGCCCCCAAAAACUACAUGGCGCUUCGACACACUGCUCUCCUGCACCGUCUCAUUCCCCGCACUACAUCACCCCGCAUCGUCGUCACUGCUCCCCUCCCCCGUCCAACCUUCACUUCUUACCCAAUCAUCACCAACAACACCACUAAUCGUCGCCAAUUCGCUAAUAACAUGGCUCCCCUCCCCGCUACCAUGAAGGCCAUCGAGAUCGCCCAGAACGGCGGCAUCGAAGUCCUCGAGCACAAGGACGUCCCCGUGCCCACCCUCGCCGACAACCAGGUCCUCAUCCGCAACGAAUUCGCCGGCGUCAACUUCAUCGACACAUACUUCCGCAGCGGCCUGUACAAGGCACCGCAGUUCCCGCUCCGUCUGGGCCGCGAAGCCGCCGGCGAAGUCAUUGCCGCCACGGGCGCCGCGGCCGCCAAGUUCCCCGUCGGCUCCAAGGCCGUCUACAUGGAGGGCAACGCGUAUGCCGAGUACACGGCCGUGAAUGCCAGCAAUGUGAUCUCGAUCCCCGAUGGCGUCUCGACCGAGGUGGCUGCCGCCGGCUAUCUCCAGGGCCUUACGGCGUGGACGUUUAUCCGCGAGGCUGCCAAUGUUCAGCCUGGCCAGUGGGCGUUUGUGCAUGCGGCUGCGGGAGGCUGCGGCUCGCUGCUUGUGCAGAUGCUGCAUGCGAUUGGCGCCAAGGUGAUUGCGUCGGCGAGUACGGAUGAGAAGCUGGCGCUUGCGAAGAAGCUUGGUGCGGAUUACACUGUCAAGUCGACGGAUGAUGUGGCGGCCGAGGUGAAGAAGAUUACGAAUGGGCAUGGUGUGGAUGCCAUCUUUGAUGGUAUUGGCAAGUCGACGUUUGAUUUGGACUUGGAGAUGAUUGCUCGCAAGGGUAACUUGAUUUCGUUCGGCAAUGCUUCUGGUGCUGUCGAGGGCGUCGCGCUGCUCCGUCUGGCCCCCAAGAACGUCCGUCUCAUGCGCCCCGUCGUCAACAACUACCUUGUUGAGCGCGAGGAGCUUGAGCAGUACACGACUGAACUCUUCGACAUGAUUAAGAACAAGGGCAUCGUUGUUAGCAUCCACGAUGUGUAUCCCCUCGCUGAUGCUGGUCGUGCUCAUACCGACAUUGAGAGCCGCAAGACCACCGGCAAGCUGGUGCUCAAGUUGUAAAAUGAUGUAAUGCAUGAAAAAUAAAUAAAAUAUUAAUUAUCGCUUCAUUUUUGGAUGCUCAAUGCCUAACUUAUCGUUCUAUCAUGUGUGCUGUAUCUAUCAAUUAUGCUUGGAGCGUUGCUUGCAGCUCUCAAUGUAUCCUCAAUAUCCAUUCCUUCAAAUUUUGGUUGACAUAAAAGCUGCACACCACAUUCGGCGCUUAGACCUUGGGGGUGACGACAGCGUUCAUGAGCUCAGCAGGGGGUUCCUGGCGGUAACCCUGGGGGUUAUUGUUGGCCCAGCGCCAGAGGUCCUCACAGGCCUUCUCCAUGGUGAGCUCCGUCUUCCAGUUGAGCUCCUGGUUGGCGAGGGUAGGGUUGGCAGUCAGAUCGAGCACAUCACCCUGGCGGCGGGCAACGACUUCGUAGGCGAGGUCGCGGCCGACAGCAGACGAGAAAGCCUUGACAAUCUCGAAGACGGUGCUGCCGCGGCCAGAGCCAAGGUUCCACGCCUUGACACCGGGCUUCUUCUCGCGGAGGUAGUUGAGGGCAGCCAAGUGGCCCUUGGCGAGAUCGAGGACGUGAAUGUAGUCACGGAUGGCAGUGCCGUCGCGGGAAGUGUAGUCUAAAGAGGAUCAAUUAGCAAUUGGACAACAGCGAGAAAACAAAAGACACUCACCGUCGCCGAAAACAAGAAGCUUCUCACGCUUGCCAGUGGCAACCUGAGCAAGCAGAGGCAGCAAGUUGUAAGGAACACCCUGGGGGUCCUCGCCCAUAAUACCGCUAGGGUGAGCACCGCAAGGGUUGAAGUAGCGGAGCAGAGCACCGUUCCACUGCUCAAAGGGUUUGCCGGCCUUUUGGAGGUUGUUGCGCUGGGCGUUGACGUGGUCGGUAAUGACGUCCUCAAUGGAGGACUUUGUGCGGCCGUAGGUGUUGGUAGGGCCGAUGGGGCAGUUCUCGGGGAUGGGGAUCAUGUUGGGGAAGCGGGUGGCGUCGCCGUAGACGGUAGCAGACGAGGAGAAGACAAUGUUGCUGACGUUGUGGCUGGUCAUGGAACGCAGGAGCGAGAUGCUGCCGCCGACGUUGACGCGGUAGUACUCUAGGGGAAUCUCGGCAGACUCGCCAACAGC